AUGAAGUUAACGAAUCCAGGGCCCGUUCCAGUGUACACUGUCGCGGGGCCGUCGACAGCCCGCCCACUCCCAGACUGGCUCUUGCGCCGCAGGAAACGCAACUGCGUCCGUGUCAGUGAAGAUGGCAACUGGAUCAUGAGUACGGGCACAUACAAGCCCCAGUUCCAUGUCCACAACACACGAGAACUGUCGCUCUCCUUCUCCCGGCACACGAACUCGGAAAACGUCACCUUCUUGCUUCUUAGCCAGGACUAUUCAAAGAGCGUCCACCUCCAAUGUGACCGAACACUCGAGUUCCACACGCCGAUGGGUUGCCACUACUCCAUCAGGAUUCCUCGGUUCGGUCGCGAUCUUGCAUACCUUCGACAGAGUUGUGAAGUCUUGGUUCCUGCCGUUGGGUUGAGUUCGGAUGGGUCAGGGUACGGAGAGGUCUUCCGGUUGGACUUGGAAAGGGGCCAAUUCCUGCGCCCAUGGCAGGUUGAUGUCGGUGAGGAUGAACCCGGCAGUGGCUUACAGGGCAGCAUUCAUGCUGGUGCUGUCAACGUUGCCGCAGUCGCUGAGAACACUCACGGUCUUUGCGCAUUCGGCACUUCCAUUGGUACUGUCGAGUUCUAUGACCCACGCAGCAAGAGCCGUGUAGCUGUUCUUGGGAACCAGGACGGCGAGAUUACUGCCCUGGACUACAGCAGAGAUGGAUUAUCUCUUGCUCUUGGUACCAGCACUGGUCAAAUCCGCAUCUUUGACCUGAGAAACCCGCGCCCAUUGUUGAAAAAGGACCAGGGCAUGGGGCUUCCCAUCAAGAAUCUCAUCCACCUUACGACUCCUACCGAGGAGCGUAAGCUGCUUUCGGCAGAUAAGCGAAUUAUCAAGAUCUGGGAUGAACAGAGCGGUGACCUCUGGACCUCGGUUGAGCCGCUUGUCGACCUCAACUUCGUUACCCAUGUCCCAGACUCAGGCAUGAUCUUGACUGCCAACGAAGGCAAGCAGAUGCAUUGCUUCUUCAUCCCUAAUCUUGGUCUCGCGCCAAGGUGGUGCCACUUCUUGGACAACCUGGUUCAUGAGAUGGAAAGCGAGAAGCGGACAGAAACCUACGACAACUAUAAGUUCCUCACCAAGCCCGAGCUCAAGUCCCUCAGCCUGGACCACCUCAUUGGCAAGACCAAUCUGCUUCGGCCGUACAUGCAUGGUUUCUUCGUGCAUGCCAAGCUGUACGAUCAGGCCAGGCUCAUCACCAACCCCUACAUCUGGGAAGAGGAACGAGCGAAGCGUAUCAAGGAGAAGAUCGAAAAGGAGCGCUCCAGCCGUAUCAGAGGCAUCAAGAAGGUCAAGGUUAACCAGAAGCUCGUGGAGAAGAUCGCGGAGCGCCAAGAGAAGAAAGGAAAGCCCGACGUUGCGGCUGCCAUGCUGCAAGAUCCUCGUUUCGGAAAGCUCUUCGAAGACGAAGAGUUCGCCGUCGACGAAACCAGCAGAGAGUUUCGCGCCCUCAACCCAAGCACAAAGAUUCCCGGUGCCCAAGGAGAUCAGGACGGCGAUGUCAAGAUGGGCGACUUCUCCAGCGAAGAGGAGAGCAGCGAAGGCAGCGGAUCCGAAGACGAGCGCGAGCCCCGGCGCGAGAACAAAAAGCCAGAGAAGCCCAAGGAGAAGCCGAAGAAAGUUGAAGAGCCCAAGAAGCAUGAAGCAUCCAAGCCCAAGGACGAAGUCGUCAUGCAGAUCCGGUCCUCCAAAGAGCAAGGCGGCAAGCUUGGGGAUACCGCCUUCGGCGAGCGGGAACAGAAGGACACCCGUGCUUCUAGGAUUAGGACAGGAGAGGUUGUUGGGGAGCAAGUGCUUACAUUCAUACCCGAAUCUAAGAAGAAGAAGCCACAACCAGCGCCAGAAACCAAACCCCGCACCGACAGGAGAAGCGCCAGCAACAACGCUCUCCGGAAACUAUGA